GAGUGCUUGACUCCAAUAUAACCACUUUUAAUAAUCUCAACAAAUUCACAAAACACGAAUCACUAACUAACACUUGAAAGAUACUCCACCGCGAGCAUAACGGAGUUGGGCGCUUUCAAUCGAAAGUUGUGCAAACAAUUAUAAUAAACCGGUUUCACAAUGACCAGAAUAGAUUUUGUCAAUUAACCUACUUAGCACGACAGCGUAAGGUAACUUACUGCUUUGUUAGUUUCAGCCUCUGCGAUCUCUCAAAACCCAAAAAAUCUCUUCGUCGUUUUGCCAAAAAAAACCCGACUAUGUAUCUAAUCAAUAAACCAUCGACAUCGACAGCAAAUUCGCACAUCAAACGCGUGACACUUCCUGCAAAGUUUAAGCAUAAAAAACAUAAUGAUUUUGACGAAUAGUCCCUCUACACGGAGCACGAAGCUUGUCGCUUGUUUGCGCAGCCCGUCUAUAAUUAGCGAUCGGUAUACGCGUACCGAUCGGUGAAGCGAUACUCGCCCCACGCUGGAAAGGGGUGAACUGAAGGUAGCGAGGACAAAAAAUACUGUUUGGCAAUGAUAUCGGGCGCCAAAAAAACCGACAGCCAGCCACUUGAAUGGGGAAGAACGAACAUCGGAUCGACCGCUAACGCCGUGAGCCGCUAAUAAUAACAAUUCACAAACAUGCUGUCUGCCGCGGUUGCCAUGUGCUCGGUGUGUUCGGAGCCACACGUGAUGAAGAGACCGAGGGGAGUGCACAAAGGGAGGGAGGAACGGAGGUGCAGUAUGUUCACGAUCACGCUCGAUUAAGCACCUUCGAAUAAGCGGUACCCCUUUCCUGAAGCAUUUUCCAUCCAACGGCCACUGCGCAUUACGAUCGCCUCAUUCAUACAAUGUACUCAAUCGUAGCGCCCUGUGUGCGAGUUUGUAUGUUCCGAAUGGUUGGAGGCAUUGUUGUGUUGAGACGAACCCUCCCCCGGGGAGGUGGAACGGUGCCACAUAUCGCCUCACAGAAGGUUUAGACCGGAUAGUAAUGAGCGACAUGCUGGAACACGAUUUAGUGUGUCGUUUAGAUUGGUGCGAGCAUCGGCGGUUCGUUCGAACGUGCGACCGGGUGCGAGAUUUGGGCAUCACCAAGACAGCCGUACCCGGGGUGAUAAUUGCUAGUGCCACUGAUAAGAUAUAGCUCGCCGUUCGACGAGUGUUGUACCCGGGGCCCGACGGGCGGACGGGGAUUUGUUCAGAGUCCGUUCUGAUUGCCGGAAAGGUUAGUAGCAGUGAGAGCAUUGGUCAACAAUCGUGGGCCACGAGCCGACGACCAGCGGAAAGCGGAUCGAAUUCCAGCAGCAGCGACCACCAUCCCUCGAUCUCACACAUUUGGCUUCUUUGCUGACAAUGUUUUUUGCUUACAGCGUCUGCUGCUAGUCGGCUGCUUGGAUGGAUUGCGGUCGAAGACGGAAAACAGGAACGAACAGGAAUCCGACGAUGCUUCGGUUGGCAGCCCUGCUGGCCGGUGCCCUCCUCGUUGCCAUGGUGCCGGUGGGCACCGUCCAGGGUGAAAACAUUCUCUUCCUGCAGACGAUCUGCUCCAAAAGCCACCACAUCUGGAAUCGGCAGAUUUUCGAUCGGUUGUACGAGAACGGUCACAACCUGACGAUACUGUCGUUCGAGCAGGAGGCGUCGGUCCCGGGCAAAACGUUUCUGGUGAUGGCCGAGUUCCAGCAGAAGCUGAUGGCCAAGUUUGCCGAUACUGCGACCGCGACCGAUUUCUCCUCGUACGAGGGUGCGUUCGGGAACAUCAUGAACGUGUACCAGUACUACGAGGUGUCGAGUGCGCUGCUCGUGGAAGAACCGGCCAUCAAGCGUUUGCUGGACUAUCCGCGCUCGUUCCGGUUCGAUCUGAUCGUGCACGACUUCACGAUGGGCCAGUUUCUGCUCGGUUUUGUGCAGCGUUUCGGUAAUCCACCGUUGGUGGCCGUUUCGGCGUAUAACAUACCAUCGUACACGCAGUUUCUAGCGGACAUUCCGAUCUACACUACGUACCUGCCCCACCCGGCAUCGAGCUUCGGCUCCCGGAUGAGCUUCACCGAGAGGGCCCGGAAUACCGUGUACUGGUGGUUCGAUAUGUUGUACCGGCAGCAGAUCUUUAUGCCACGGGAAAACCAACGAAUGCAGCUUCUGUUCGAGGGCGAUAGCUUGACGCACGUGAAGCUGCUCGAGCGGCGCACCGAGCUGGUGCUGGUAAAUAGUGAUCCGGCUCUGGAUUUCUACCAACUGCUGCCACCCAAUGUGGUGCAGGUCGGUGGUUUGCAUAUCAAGCGCCCCGAGGAGAUGACACCGAUGAUGAAACAGUUUAUGGCACGCGCCAACCGGGGCGUGAUACUGUUCAGCUUCGGAACGAACGUACAGAGUGAAAUGCUGGGACCGGAGAUAAACCGGCAACUGCUGGAGCUGUUCCGCAGCAUGCCGGAGUACGGGUUCAUCUGGAAGCAUGCGAACGCGGACGGGCUGAUUAUGCCACCGAACGUCCUGAUGACGCCCUGGGUUCCACAGUCGGCCGUACUGGCCAACAGCCGAACCAAGCUGCUAGUAAGUCACGGUGGGUUGCUCAGUCUACAUGAAGCGGCCUGGAAUGGUGUGCCCGUGAUCGGUGUACCCUUCUUUGCCGAUCAGUUCUCGAACGUGCGCCGGCUCGAACUGUCCGGCACCGGGGUUGGUAUUCCAUCGACCAAACUCAACGGUGAAACAUUGCGAGAAGCUCUGGAAAAGCUGCUGAACGAUCCGAGCUACCGGAAGCGUGCCAAGGAGCUGUCGAACUUGUUCCGUGCGCAACCGGAACCACCGCUUGACCGGGCCAUCUUCUGGAUCGAAAAGGUGAUCGCCAACAAAGGGCUACGGUAUUUGCGUUCCCCGGCGCGCUCGAUGGCCCCGUAUCAGGUGUACGGGCUAGACAUGCUCGCCGUACUGCUGCUGAUCGCGCUCGGCUACUAUCUUAUCUUCAAGCGUCACUCGAAACCAGCCACCGCCGGUAGCCAACGGGGGCCUGCAAUGAAACGCAAGGAGGAAUAAACCUGACCCCCCU